ACAAUUUAUCAGCUAGCACACUUCCUGUGUGAGCAGCUGUCAAAAAGUGCAUACAUAUGUUGAGUGUCACUUACAGCAUGAAGCUCUUCGUCUUCAUGGUCCUCUGGUCUGGCAUUGCCGUGGUUACUGCCAUGGAUGGUUGCCAAAGCGACAGGGACAAGGACCACCGACCGCGGCUCAACUGUACGGCGGUUGGCUUAAGUCACGUUCCUGCAGAUCUCGAUCCCAUGACCAAGGUUCUCUUGUUUCCAAGGAACUUGAUCUCCAGCCUGUCCUGGGAAAACUUCCAGAUCUUCAAUGAGGUCCAUGAGAUUGACCUAACAUCCAACCAGGUCAUUUGGGUUGCCAUGACAGGUCAAAUGACCCUGCCAUGUCCCACUAAAAUCCCUUUCAUUUCCAUUCAGAUUCCUCAAGUGACACCGGGCAUCAGGCCGCUUCUCCAGCACCUCUCUGUCCUGCGACUGGGACACAACCAUCUCACAUCUCUGGUGGGCGUGGCCUUCUCCGCCUGCCCCGCCCUGACAGAACUCUUUCUGGACAACAACGGCAUACAGUCUCUUAGUGACGAUACUUUCAUGGGACUUAACAAGCUGAAGAUCCUGGACCUAUCAGCCAAUCAUAUCAGGGUUCUUCCACCCCUCUUGCUGUACCCCCUUGUUGCCCUAAUAACGCUAUACCUGGAAAACAACAAGAUCAGCAUGCUUCCAGAUGAUUGGUUCAGCCAGAAGGAGUGGGUGCCCUACCUCUACCUCUCUGCCAAUCCGUGGGAAUGUUUUUGCACAUUAACUUACCUGCACACGUACCUGCAGGACUACAGCACCAACUUCUACGUCCGCAACAGCACACACAUUGAGGUCAAUGGCAAAAGUUUGGUGUGCGACUCACCUCAGCAGUUCAAAGGUCAAGCGAUCAUCCAUCUAGAACUGUUCGACUUGUGUUCACCUCUGACCCCAUCGCAAAGCACCACCCCCACAACACAUAUCCACCCCACGGCCACCAAGGGGGGACAUGGGGCGAGGGCAGGGGUCAGAGGCGAUGGACCCAUCUUUUGGCAUCCUAUGCCGACAACUCAGAGUGCGUCACUUCCUAUCCACCAUCCCAUGACGUCACGAGCGUCCGUGGCCCACACGAGCACUGAGGUCACAUGGAUCCGGUGGCAGGACCAAGAUAGUGGCAGACACAUCCGUCACAUCACCGCCACCGGUGUGUUUUGCUUGUGGCUAUUUGCUGGCAGCGUGAUGUUGUGCGCAACGGCGGCUGUGUACACACUCAAUACUCUAGCACGACUCAUUGUCUGGUACAGAGGGGCAUACAAGUCACUGAGAGCCACACUGGCGAUGAGAAGAGGGGCCCACCCACUGAGGCAGUACUGCAGCAGGGAAGGACCAGAAAGUUGCACGAUGGCGGUUUAUCGUUCAGUGCUCUUUGUCUCGCGUGAGAGGGGCGAAGCGCCGCAGGGGCAAGAAGGCAGGUGGGAGGAACAGGGCGCGGCAAGGGCGGUGUAUAGGACGACCUUGCACCAUGCACCUGGGCGCCACAUUGAGGGGGCUGGGUUGAAGGAACGCUUCAGCAUGAUUCUGCGUCAGGAGCGGGAGGGACCUAGCGGAGGCAGGGAGGAGCUAGAUUGGGUGGUGGCGGUCUGGCAAGUGUCACCCGAGGACCCAGCGUGCCUUGGCAAGUAACCACACCCCUUGAAUAAUGUUGGCGCUCUACUUCCUGCUGUGAGCUAGCUUUUUGGCUUCUGCUAAUGCUUCUGAAAUCCCUGAUUUUCACACUUCCUGUUUAAGACAUCACAUGAUUUAGCUUCAUUGUUCAUCAAAAUUAAAUAGUAAAACUCACAAUUGGAAAAUGGGAAUAACUAUUUAAUAUUUGUAUGACUCGCAGCUAACGUUUUAUUUUGACACAUAUUAAACAUUCAAAAUGAUUUCAGCAUUGUUUUUGCAGCUUUCUUGUUUUAUGUUAACAUUUAGUUGUUUUUUUUUACUGUUUGAACCAUUUUUGUUUCAGUGUGUGGACAUUUUCAAUUAUCCAAAUUAGCUGGAUACGAAUACCAAAUUAAAUUAUGUCGUUUCCUUCAAACAAUAUGAUCAUUUUCAUCCCUCAUUAGUACUAAAAAAAAAUGUUUGUCUUUGAAACCAAACCUCUCACCAAAAAUAGACCAAUUCCAGAUAACUUCUAAUUAAUUAUUUCUGUUUGUUCAAUGAAUAUGUGCUGAGUGCUAGCUCUAUAGCUGCUACCUACAGUCUUUACUUGUUUUAAUCAGUAAUCCUACAUAAAACCGCUACUUUUUGAAGUUAAGUCAAUGUCAGCUUGGUAAUUAAGAAACAUCGAGUCUUCAAAAAAAAAUGUUUUACCUGAUGUGGCGUUGUGACUUCUUUUCAAUAUGGCGGACCCCGUCUCCGGUGUCAAACAGACACGCCACUGUGGCGAACUUUGGCCACGCCCCUUGCGGGCCGCAGGUGCAUGUCAAUCCAAGUUAUUUUUAUGACGUCAUCGUGUGAAUUACGUUAUUUUAAAGAA